AUGUCAGAAGUAAGACCGUUCCGACUUAUUGUAGGGAAAAGGCAAAAAAAGAUUCAAAAUGUCUUCAGUGACAAGGUGCACGGAGAAGGAGGCGCCUCUGGAGGAGUCACUAGAAUUGAGUCGGUCAGGAUUGAGGAUACAUACUGCAUAAAUUCCACAUCCUUCUUAAGUCCAGCCAUAGUCUCUGGUGCUAAAACAACUUCCAGAUCGACGCUCCCAUUUCCUUCACGCCCUGGGAAUGCCGAGAUCUUGCCAUCAAAUUUAUUGGUCCUACCGCUUCGCACUGCAAUGGGUUGUCCCCACCCAAAAUCAUUAUCAUACAUUGGAAACCUUGGGGAGCUUCCCAUGGUGAUCAUCGCGCCGUCAAAGUUCCCCAGCGGAAACAGCCUUGGAUUACUCUCCCAUUCCUCGACACCCCGUCGCACCGUGGAAUCGUCAUGCGCCAACACAUUUCGAUGCAGCCGAUCCGCACCCCAGGACGGGUCGUUGCCCAGCAGCUCCUCCACUCAAGCCACGAAAACGCAAGGCGUUGACCUUUCCGACGGCCGAGACUGUGGCCCAAGUGAAGAUGGAGGAAGCCAUGAUGGGAACGCACGCGAACAGGAGGUGCUCCAAGGCCAGGACGAUGGUGGGAUACUCGAUUUGGAUCCACUUGAAUUGGAGGGAGACCAAGACCCCUAUCAAGAAAUUGGUAAGGGCGCAGGCGAAGGAGGCGAGGAGACCGAGGGAGACGGAAUUGAAGGUGGAGAGCAGGAGGGAGGAGCUGAAGAAGAAGGCGAUCUGAGCAGCGAUGAGGGAGAACCAGACGGCGAAGAAAGAGCCAGGCUUGAAGGCCGCCACCCCUCUUCUAUGAGAGCUGAGCAAGAAAUUCUUUUGUUUUCAUUUUGGGUUUUGAGUGGGUAUUUCUUAUGA